AUCUAUAUCAAGAUCUUCUUCUCUACCAAAGUAAAAGUGUUUGUUUAUGUUCACCUCAAUUCACUUUCAAACGUCAGUGCUACGUUGUUCUUUGACAUAAAUUAAUAAGUAGAUCUAGUUUUGUCUAUUAACUGUAGUAGUAUUUAAUAUUAAUUUUAAAGGUGAAAAAUGUCCAAAGACAUUUACAAGAAAAAUCUUUAUGGUAUAUUAGGUGUGAUAGAAACAGCAUCAGAAAAGGAGAUAUUACGAGGAUACCGUAAAAAAGCACUCCUUUGUCACCCUGAUAAAAAUCCAGACAACCCAAAAGCUGCAGAACUUUUCCAUGAGCUGUCACAGGCUCUAGAAAUAUUAACUGAUGCAGCAGCAAGAGCUGCUUAUGACCAGACUUUGAAAGCCAAGAAAGCUGUUGAAGCAAGAAAUCAAGUUUUAGACAGUAAAAGGAAAAAGUUCAAAGAAGAUUUAGAAGCCAGAGAAAAAGCCUCUUUUGAAAAGAAUGAAGCCCUUGCAGCAGCAGAGGCGGAGAGAAAAGUGAGAGUAGAAAUUGAAAGAUUAAGAAAGGAAGGUUCAAGGUUACUUGAACAAGAACAGCAGCGCUUACGUGAAGAGAUAAAACAAUUUAAAAGCACUUUAGAUCAAGCUUUUAAUUCUAACCCCGACACAUCUUCACCGUCUUCAUCACCACCAAGGAUCAAACUCAAGUGGAAGGCAAAUAAAGAUGACAUAACAAACGGUGGUUAUAACAAUGACAAUUUACAUAACUUACUCAGUUGUUAUGGCAAAAUCAAUACCCUUUUUGUAACCACAAAAAGGAAAGGCAGUGCUAUUGUGGAGUUUGAUAGAGUGUCAUCCGAUAUAUUAUCUGAACAUGGGCACCAGAGUAACCCAUUGACGCUUGUUUGGCUUUCUGGAAAACCAUGUGAAAACUUGAAAGAUGACAACGAAGCCACUAUACCUUACAGCAGUAAACCUGUCCUUGAAGAACAUUCUGUCAAAUAUAGUAAUCUGAGUGGUGUCUCUGAGCCUCAAGAUAAAACUGCCCAAUCUGACAAUGACUUUGAGAGCUUGGUUUUAAUGAGAAUGAGGCAAGCUGAAGAAAGAAAGAAGCUAAUUGAACAAAUGAUGAAAGAAGACAAUGACUAAUGGAAUAUUCUUUUGACAAUGAGCAUGAGCAACAGUAGUUAGGUAUUGGUAACAGUUGGUGCAAUGCUUGAGCCGAGCAGGAAAUUAUGUAAUUUACUAAAUUCUUUUUAGUUGUUCCACUGCUGAAAAUAAAUUCUCUAGUUCAUCCCCAAA